GAAAUUUUUGCAAUCUUUUAUUAAAUCACCAAUAAAAAAAUAAAAAAAAAAAUACUGCAACCCGACGAACACAAUAAAAGGAGCUACUCUUGCAGUUCCAAAUCCCUUUCUUUCAUUCCGGUUUCUCCAUUCAACGAUUUGCGCUGUGAAUCGAUCAUUCAUUAACGAUCUUUCAAGGAAAUAUUCGUUGCGAUCGGUGAUUCUGUUGUUGUUAUUGAAACCACAAUGCGGGGCUAUGGCGAUGAAGGAGAUGGUUACGAUGAUUAUUAUGAGGAUGAAGAUGAGUAUGAAGAGGAGGCUGAGGAAGAGUAUGAAGAAGAGGAAGAGGCGCCUAGGAAGCCUUCAAAAGAAGAAAUGGAGUACCUUGAGUUGAGGCAGAAGUUGAAAGAAUCCAUUAGAAAGCAGAUGAAGAAGGAGAGUAGUGGUAGUGGUACUUCGCGCCGGGAUUCAACCGAUCGAAGCAAGAAUAAGCUUCCUUAUGAUAAUUAUGGUUCCUUUUUUGGUCCAUCUCAACCAGUUAUUGCACAGAGAGUAAUUCAGGAGAGCAAGUCAUUGCUAGAAAAUCAGCAUUUGGCAUCUAGGUUUUCUGGCCCACAUCGCAUUAAGAAGAACCAGAAUAAAGUACCUAGUGGAGGAUCAAAGUCUUCAUCUCAUAAUCUGGCACCCAAAGUCAGCGAGAUGAAAGUUAAAGCCCAGAAAAUCAAGAAUACUAGAGAUUACUCAUUUCUUUUAUCUGAUGAUGCGGAACUUCCAGCUCCUUCUAAAGCCCCCCCAUCUCAGAAUAUGCCUAUACGAAAUUCUGAGGGACGACCAGCUCAAGUUCCAGCAAGGAAUAAACUGCCUUUGAGCAAUGGUGGCAAGCAUGUUCGUGCCAGUCAUGAGGAACGGAAUGUAGGUUCUGCAGCUGGCCAUUUGCCUCCUAAAUCAGGAUCCAGUUACAGGACCAGUUCAACCAGUAAACCUAGUAUGGCAUCAGCAGAUUCUAGGAAACAGCCUGGUAACAACAGUGGUAAUGGACCAGGCCGGCCUGUUGGGCCAAAAGGCUUGCCUUCAAAGAUUUCUGUUGGUACCACUGGGAAUAAGUCUUCAACACCUGCUAUAAAAAACCCAGUGAAUGGUAUGCAGAAAUCACUCCCUUCGAAGAAUCAUCCAUCCAUUCCAAAACAGAUUGUAGAACAAAGAAUUUCGAAGCACAGUGUUGAACAAAGAAUUCCAAAGCAGAGUGUUGAACAAAGAUUUCCAAAGCAGAGUGUUGAACAAAGAAUUCAAAAGCAGAGUGUUGAACAAAGAAUUCAAAAGCAGAGUGUGGAACAAAGAAAAGACAUACGAGAACUAUAUAGACCUAAAAUGGCACCAAAACAACCAGUGGCAUCAUCAAAACCACAGAUAAAUAGGCCACUUAAACAAAAUUCAGUGCAUACUGCUUCGCAAGAUCGUCGUCCCAAGCCUAAGGCUGCUAAACGACCCUUUGAUGAUGAGGAGGACGAAGUGGAUGUCAGGAACAUGAUCAGAAAUAUGUUUAAUUACAACCCUAAUAAAUUUGUUGAUGAUGAUGACGUCGACGAUAUGGAGGCAGGCUUUGAUGAAAUCUUGAGGGAAGAAAAGAGGAGUGAAAUGAUUGCUAAAAAGGAGGACGAGGAGCAACUUAGGUUAAUCGAGGAGGAAGAGGAAAGAGAGAGGAGAAGAAAAAUGGCAAAGUUAAAGAAACGGAAGCUUGGUUAUUAGUAGUUAGUAGUAACAUGUCAAUGAUUUUAGUAUAAUGAAAAUUCUCUUUUUCCAAGGGCAGUUUAAUCGUGGGAUUAAAUUAUUCUAUUCACCAAUGAAGAUUGAAAAAUAUUCGCCCUCACAUUGAGCUUGUUUCAGUUUGAAUUUACAUAGAAAAGAUAUACCGUUAUGUAAACGCAGUUUCGUUUAUAGUUAACGUAAGGGCAGUGGUGGGGUUUUUGCAUUGUGUAUGAUUUUGAGCGUUUGGCACAUUUAUUGGCCGUCAUUAUACGCAGUGGAUGGAUUGAAAGUGAGAUAUAUUGUUCACCAUUUUGCUUCAUCUAUUCUUCUGAGCAAUGUAUUUUAUAUUA